CUCUGCUCUGCCCUGCCCGGCCUUGCGCAACCAACCGCCCGUCGACGACGAACAAGCAACCAACCCUCCCACUCGUGUAACCUCUGUGUGCCCGCCCAACCCUCGUCGCGGAGUCGAGCUGUUGCGGCCCAUCGGAAGCCUUCCAGAAAUUCCAGAAGCUGAUCCCGUCGAGUCGUUGGCUUCAGUUCAUCUCGCCUGUUCCUGCUCGUCUCCGCCUGAACCCGCCCGGGGCAGCUCGAGUUCCAAUUCCUGAUGAGACAAGACGCCACAAGCUUAUCGCCGGGUUAACAACAUCUGGGCGCCUGAACCAACCUACUAACCGGGCCCCUGGAUUGGAGCUGCAAAUGAUGGCCCGUUCAGCCUUGAUUGUGCCCGCCUGAGAAUCAAUUCGUCACCUACCACCGACCACCGCCCACCGACCACCGCCCACCGCCCUCCGCCCUCCGAACCGCCCAUCACCAGCCACCCAAAGAGCAAGCCAGGACAAGGACAAGGACAGGCCAGCCCAGUCCACCACCACCACCACCACUGCUGCUGCUCCCUUGCCACCUCGUCCACCGGACAGACACAGGCCACACACAGUCAUUCAUUGCCUGUCACUGCCACUCGGGACGACGCGACCUCAGACGAGACGAGCCGACUGACCUAUCCUCUGUCUUCUUCCCUCGGCCUGCAUCCAGCCGACCAGUCCCUCAUUACGUAACCCUUCGACUUCGAUUUCGAUUUCGACUUCAACCUCGCCCAAGCCAGAGAGAAGCCCGACCCUGAGCACGGGUCCGAUUCCCAGGUUCAGAAAAAAAUCAAGGCCCGGCGGUGACGGGGAAUGGACGCCGGCCGAAAGAGGAGGAGCAGGAAUUAGCUUUUGAGUCGAGAGCUAUCUGCCCGCCACCCCAGCAGAGAGACCAAGCAGCAGCAGCAGCAGCAGCAGCAGCAGCGAUCACCAGCAGCAGCUACGCCCGCGGCUGAUUACCCGGGGAACCCUCCCGCCUCGCGCCGGAAGAAGAUGCCGGAGAACUCCCUGCCUUCUCCGCAGAUGCAUCCAGCCAAGCGGUUGAGGCAGUCCUCGCCCGAGCGGCGCUCCGAAAAGGACUCGCCCCCGUCCCUCAACGUCGCCACCUCGGGCCCCUCCCCGGCCACCAGCGAGCAGCACGGCGACGGCCCGCCCCUCAGCGCCGGCCUCGGCGGCGGCUCCAAGCACGAUGGCAGCCUCGCCGGCAGCGCCAGUGCAAAGGUCGGCCAGAGCAGCAACUUCCGGAACGUGAGUGCCUGCAACCGCUGCCGCCUCCGCAAGAACAGGUGCGACCAGAAGCUGCCGAGCUGCGCGAGCUGCGAGAAGGCCAAUGUCGCCUGCGUUGGCUACGACCCCAUAACAAAGAAGGAAAUACCUCGCAGCUAUGUCUUCUAUCUCGAGACGCGGGUGGACCAGCUCGAGGCGUUACUACGCGCAAAUAACAUCCCCUUCCCUCCAGCCAACGACCUAGAACACUGCUCACGCAUGGGCGUCGACUCCGCAUCUGUGAGGUCUCCAACAGAGGCUGCGGCGCCCGCACCUUCGGACACCAUGGAUAGUAUCACCGCCGCCGGCGGUGCUGGUGACAGAAGCGACGAGGCCAGGCUGCAGAGGCUGGUGUCCAAGUCCGAUAUCACACACGGCAAGGAAGGCACAGCAAACCCGAGAUAUCUUGGGUCUACCUCCGGUGUAUCUUUUGCGCGUGUCGUCUUUGCCGCUGUACAGUCGUCAGUCAAUGACAACAAGUCUACUUCCGACAAGGCCGGGGUGCGCCCAUACAAGCCCACGGGAGGAAACGGCAAUUCCGGGAUUGGUACCACUAUGCGAGAUUCCUUCUUCGGCCUGCACACAAAACCAACCAUCCACCCUGCACCAUUCCCGGACAGAGAGGUCGGCAUGGCGUUGGUCAACCUGUACUUCGAGCAUGCGAACCCACAGAUACCUAUCCUGCACAAGGUCGAGUUCAUGAGGCUGUUCGAACAGGCUUACGCGGAGAACCCCCAGCGCGGGCCCAAGGAGCUAUACAUGUUGAACAUGGUCUUCGCCAUCGGUGGUGGAAUCAUCAUGGGAGCCAUGGCCAAGAACGAGACGCAGAACAGCCAGGCAAAGCCUGGCGAGGGGAAAAUGUCUUCGAGGCAAGCGCAGCCAGAGGAGUACCACGCCAGCGCGAUCGUCCACCUGGAGGCCUGUCUGAACAACAGCGGUGGUGGGCUGGAGGAGUUGCAAGCGGUGCUGCUCCUGGCAAACUUCGCACUGCUUAGGCCUGUUCCACCAGGCUUGUGGUACAUUGUCGGUGUUGCCGUCAGGCUUGCAGUCGACCUUGGUCUGCAUUAUGAGGACGGCAAGGACGUCGAUGCUGGCCUGAAGGAGGUUUCGGGGCCCCAAUACGAGUUACAGCAGCGCGAGCGGGGCAGGAGAGAGUUCAUCCGGGAUGUAAGAAGGCGUCUCUGGUGGGCUACCUACUCCUUUGACCGCUUAGUGAGUAUCUGCGUCGGCAGACCGUUUGGCAUUUCGGACCAGGUCAUCACGACCGAGUUCCCGUCCAUUUUGGAAGACGUCUACGUCACUCCCGAAGGCUUCAAGGAGCCCCCUCCAGAUCUCGCCGCUCAGCCCACAUACAAACUCGUCGCACACCACUACUUCCGCCUGCGUCUGCUCCAGUCAGAAAUCCUGCAGGUCUUACAGUACCAGCAAGCCCAAGCCGCGAGGGCCUCAGGUCAAAACGUCAAGAACCCUUACAUGCACACCAGCCUCCCAUCGCCCUUCCUCUCAAAGUACGAAUCCUUCCGAGCAUGGAGAAUAGAUAUCGACAAGAGGUUAUAUCACUGGAAAGAAUCCGCGCCAACAAAGCAGCGCACGGGUGUCGGUUUCUCCACCGAGUUCCUCGACCUCAACUACUGGCAGGCCGUGGUCAUGCUGUACAGACAGAGUCUCAGCGUGCCUGCGAUGUUCGAGGGCGAGUACAACACGUCGAUGGAAGUCAACAGCCCCAAUGUUCACAAUGCCGAGCUUAGGGAAGACGAGGACAGAAUAUACCUGAAGGUUGCCGAGGCUGGGCAGAAGAUCAUGCGGCUGUACAGGCAAUUACACAUUGCCGGUGUCAUCAACUACACCUACCUGGCCACACAUCACAUAUUCAUGGCGGGUAUAUCAUACCUGUACGCGAUAUGGCACUCGCCAAUCGUGCGAAGCCGUCUGACAAUGGAUGAAGUAGAUUUCACCAUUCUCGCUGCAACAUCGGUCUUCACAGACCUCAGCGAGAAGUGUCCCCCAGCUGAGGCAUGCCGUGACGCAAUUGACCGUACUGCGCGGGCAACCAUCAGAAUGGCCAACUCCACCGGUGGGUUCGGUCCCCAGGUCCUCCCCCACAAAAGGCAAGGAUCAAGAGACAGCAUGGACCAGCGUGACUGGGCAGCCAGGAGCGACACGGCCUCUACCAAAGGUCAAAGACAUCCCCACCACCAAGGCGGCAGUGAACGCGGCCUCAUGGCAGCAUCGCAGUACGGCCUGCCAGGCAUCGGGGAUGCCUACGCCAACGCAUCAUCAAGCUCGCACCUGCCGCCAAUACAGUCUGCGCUGCAGCGAAUGAACUCACUCCCGAACCUCAAGGCGGAAUCGGACGGGUUCUCGAUGAUGCGGUCCGUCCCGGGCGGGCCGCGCAGCAGCGUCACCGCACCCGAGGCCGGAAACAGCCCCGACGCCUCCGCGAUAGAUCCGUCGUUGAUGCCAUCCCCGACCGCGGUGCGCACGCCGCCAGGCGUGGGCUCGCCCUCGUCCAACACAACCGGCUCCGCAGCACGCCGGCCAAAUAUGUCCCAGCUGCCGCCAGCUACCACAGCCGCUCAGAUGGCGGCGUUCCUGGCACAGUCGCAGGGGCCGCAUCAACACCAACAGCAGCAGCAGCAGCAGGCAGGCGGCUUCUCGCCCGCGCGGCAGCUCAACUUUGGCGACCUACAGGGCAUGGACUUCCUGAACCAGGUCACGGGCAACGGCAACGGCAACCUGCCCGACGGCGUCGAGGAGAACCAGAACGGGGACUUUGGGUUCGGGCUCGGCUGGGAGGGCCUGCACCACGACUUUAGCGACGGGCAGCAGUAUGACCUCUUCGACGGGUUCUUCUUUGGCGGCCAGCAGGGCGGAGCCGGGUCCAACGGCGUGCUGUGAUCAGAUCACUGGUGGUGGUGACGAGAAGCCCAUGGACAGAAUACUGUAUCGAGAAGAACGGGGAAGAGGAAAGAAGAAAAGGACCAUACAAGAUUUGCAACAACGACUGGAACAAGCUGGUACGGCCCCAACGGUUUUUGGUUCUUGGUUCGGAAGGAUUGGGAAGGGGGUCCGAGGGGCGCACCGUGUAAUGAUGAUAUCCCCCCCCUUUGCGUGCGCGGCAGGGCUGGCAGCACGCGUGUUUUCUUGUUCCCGGCCCGAAUGUUCAUCAGACAGACAGACUACCAGGUCUCUCAGUGUGUAUAUGGGAAAGUCGGAAAGGGGCAUAUGGUAUGGUGGAAUGGGAAGGCGGAGGAUGGCCGUUGUGCUUUAUUUUUAUUUUUUUUCCCUUUUAAUUUCCCUUCCAUCAUUUCCUUGCCCUCUCUCUCUAUCUCUCUGUCUUGGCCUCUCUUUAUCUCUCGUUUUCCUCCUUUGCGCCCUCCUCUCUGCCCAAUUUAUACCCUCCUGCCCUCUGUGGUGGACGAACUCUUGGGCUUUUUUUCUUAUUGUUUUAUUUUCAUAUUGCAUCAUCCACUGUCAUCCAUUACCUAUCUACCCGCCUCGAAUCAUCAUCAUCAUCAUCAUCUAUCUCACUACCGUUUCAUCCACACCUCAUAUUCUUAUUUUUAUCUUAUCAGCGAAGAUAUCUUGGUCAGACGUUGAAACGGAUGAGGACAUGAAAGCAGAAAAUAACUUUUUUUGUUGUGUUCUUUGGUGUUGGCUGCACACAAACACACAUAAGGGAAGGAAGGGGAUUCGGGAAAAGCAAGGGGCGGGCAGGCAGGCGGGCAGGGCGCGGCACGUUGGGAAGAGAGGAUAGAUGGAGGAAGGGAAUCAUAUCAUCUAUCCUCUACUAGAUGGGGACUUGGGAAAUGAUGAAUGCACACACACACACGCACAUAACGCACACGUUGAGGUGGCCAGCAAGCAAGCAAGCAAGCAGCGGGUGAAAUACUUGGCGACCGGGUCAAUUGUUCACUCGUACACACACACACACUUACACACACACACACAUAGCUAGCUUGCUGGAGC